AGUAUCAUAUGAUCAAUGAACUCUAUGAUCUAUUGAUUCCAUCUUAGUAUUCCAUUCUUUUGAUUGUUGUAGAAAAAUUAGUUAUUAGAUUAAAUUCUUACCUAAAUAGAGGUUUACAAAAAUGAAAGGGUGCAUUUUUAAUAUUGAUGCUGGGUACUUAGAGGGGUUGUGCCGUGGAUUUAAGUGUGGUAUCCUGAAACAGUCGGACUACUUGAAUUUAGUACAAUGCGAAACUUUAGAAGAUUUGAAACUGCACUUACAAGGAACAGACUACGGCACUUUUCUUGCAAAUGAACCCAGCCCUCUCUCUGUGUCGACUAUUGAUGAUAAACUACGGGAAAAGUUGGUCAUUGAGUUCCAACAUCUGAGGAAUCACUCGGUAGAACCAAUGUCAACAUUCUUGGAUUUCAUCACAUACAGCUACAUGAUUGAUAACAUCAUCCUUUUGAUUACUGGGACCCUUCACCAGAGGCCCAUUUCAGAGCUUAUCCCCAAGUGUCAUCCACUGGGCUCUUUUGAACAGAUGGAAGCCAUACACGUGGCUGCUACUCCGGCUGAGCUAUACAAUGCUGUGCUAGUUGACACUCCACUGGCACCAUUUUUCGUUGAUUGUAUCAGUGAACAAGAUUUGGAUGAAAUGAAUAUUGAGAUCAUUCGUAACACCCUGUACAAGGCUUACUUGGAAGCUUUUUAUGAAUUUUGCAAGCUGAUUGGGGGAACAACAGCAGAUGUUAUGUGUGAAAUUCUAGCUUUUGAAGCUGAUCGCCGUGCUAUCAUUAUUACUAUCAACUCUUUUGGCACUGAGCUGUCAAAGGAUGAUCGUGCCAAGCUAUACCCUCGCUGUGGCAAAUUGAAUCCCGACGGAUUGGCAGCACUAGCACGUGCUGAUGACUAUGAGCAGGUGAAGGCAGUGGCUGAAUAUUAUGCCGAAUAUGCUGCACUGUUUGAAGGUGCUGGCAACAAUGUUGGCGACAAAACUCUCGAGGACAAAUUCUUUGAACAUGAGGUGACCCUGAAUGUCAAUGCAUUUCUACAACAGUUUCAUUUUGGAGUAUUCUAUUCAUAUCUCAAGCUGAAGGAACAGGAAUGUCGGAACAUCGUGUGGAUCAGUGAGUGUGUCGCUCAGAAACACCGAGCCAAGAUUGACAACUACAUUCCCAUAUUCUAAAGAAUUCUAACAUGAAGAAUUACCUUAUUUGCAGUGUAAAUAAUUUAUAUAUUACUAAGAAUUAUCAAAAAUUUGUUCAUUCAUAUAUUACUGUAGCAAUUGAAUAACCUCUUAAUAUAUAAAAAUUCUUUUAAUAUCUUAUUUAUAAAUUAUUGUUGCUGUGUCUAUAGCAAGUAUUUAAUUAAAAUAUGAAAUGAGUAUGGGUAAUAACAUUAAAGCUUCUUCAUAUUAUAUUUAUUGUAAUUUAAGCAUGUUAAAAAUUAACUGUUAAAAUUCACAUAUAAAAGAAUUAGACAUUCCGUGUUGAAGAAUAAAGUUAUUUUUGACUCAUCAGUAUUCAAUAUAAUGAUUACAAGCUACGUUCAUAAAUCAAUUUUCUUAUGACUAACAAAGUUUUAUAAAAAAAAUUUGUGCUAUUUAUGUAAAUACCUUUCAUAUUUAGAAUUAAGCACAAAAUUUAUCAGCAAAACUAGGUAAAUGUUGAUUCCAUGUUUUAAAAAAAUAUAGCUACAUUUAUGUUGUUUAAUGAUUGUUCAUAAUAUAUCAUUCAAAGUUUAUAUAAUAAUGAAUGACAUUAGAUUUAUGUACAUGAAAAUUUAGGAAUGAACUGUUUAUUUGUGGGAUGUCACAAUCAUUGUAGAAUGUGUACACUAUGUUUAGAAGCUUGAUUAAAUAAAAACAGUUACAUUUCAAA